ACAGCAACAACAAAAUAAGGAUUGAGGUUGACGUGGCUGUGACAAAGUUUGUGUUACUUGCUGUUCCAAGUUUGUUAUUCACAGGUGUCUGUGUGGAUUUUAGAUCAGGAAAAACUAUAUUUUGGGUCUAAACAUGUCUGAUUCGGAGGAAGAGUUUGCCAGUGCUGAUGAGGGAGACACUGCCUCAGCAAAGAUGACUACCAUCGCAUCCAGUGCUGCAGAGAAGCCAGUCAGCCAGAGUGGGAAGGAAACCCAGAAGAGUAAGAAAGGGACGUCAGCAAACCAAGCCUCAGGGGAUACAGCACGAAAAACUGAUGCGGCAGUUUCCAAAGCAGAUGACAGGUCUGGUACAAAGAGAAAAGGUAAAAACUCCAAACAGAAGAGGAAAGAUAACAAAAAUAAGAAAGAUUCAAAUGAUGGCAUAAAAGAAACAGAGAGUGCAGGUAAUGGUGAUAAAACAGCUGUUGCAGGUGUUGUGGCAGAUGAAGUGGAUAAGAUGACAUUGCAGAACAAAUCAGAUGAUACAGAUCAGGAUUCUGCAGAGACCAAGCCUGUAGCUUCUGACAGCUCAAAACUGGCUACUGAAACUGAAUCUAAAGAAAAUGUUAAAACUGUAUCUGACUCUGAACAAUUGAAGCAGGAAAACUCAGAGAAAUUUGAUUCAAGCAAGGAUAAAGAGACAUCAGAUGUAUUGGACCAGACCAUUGACAGGGAUGUUUCAUCAGUAGCAGAUACUUCCACCAGCUCAGACACAACUACAGCAGAUUCCUCUCAACAACAGACAGAGUCUGGGUGGGGAGGCUGGUCUAGCUGGGGAUCAUCUCUUGUCAAUGUAGCCACGGCUUCUGUGUCGACAUUCACUAACCAAGUGGGAGAGGGGCUCAAUACAGUCCUGGAGACAGUAGAGACUAGCCUAGGGGCUCCCCCACCAGAGGAGCUUGUCAGAAGUGACAAGGAGGAUGAGGGUCAGGUAGAGACAGGUGAAACAAAAUCUAAUGAAGACAGUAAACAAGUUUCUGAAAGUCAAACUAAAGAGGAACAGAAAAAAGAUAAUGUUCAGGAGCCUCAAGCAUCCAAGGGGGAUGGGGUGUCUACUUCUGAAACGAGAGCUGCGGGAGAGUCCAAAGGUGGUGGAUGGCUGUCGGGCUGGGGUGUGUCCAAUCUUACUCACCUUGUCAGUGAUACGGGGAAGUCACUGAUGACUGGGGGCUUGGAUGUGCUGGAGACAAUAGGGAAAAAGACAUAUGAUGCCUUGUCUGAACAUGACCCUGGGUUAAAAGAUGCCAUAAAGGGAGGCAACAAACCAAACCUGUCAUCCAUCCUGCGUGACGCCAAAGUCCAGGCAGAGGAAAACUCGCGUCUUGAGGCAGAAUACGAGGAGUUGAGGCAGGCCCAGUUUGGAGCUAUGUUUGAUGAGUAUCAAGGAUUGGUGAACCUUGAAGCGCUAGAGAUGCUGUCUAACCAAGCAGAAAACAGGGUGCAGGCAUUGUUAGCGGUUGGUUCACCAGAAAACUUGGCAGUUCUUAAGAAGAAACUUGUGGAGCUGAAAGAGGCUUUUGAGCUGGAAGAUUUAGAUGAAGACGAAGAAGAUAUCGAGCAUGACUUCCACAAGUUAAUUUCCUCCCAUCUGUCAGAAUUUCACAAGGGAACUUCACCUGCCAAACUCUGUGCUGUACAAGCCAAAGUUCAUUACUGGCUCACCAGCCUAGAUUCUGAGGGAGAGUCCUCUUCAAGUCCAAAGGAAAUUCACAAAAUGUCAAUCCAGGCCUUGGCAGAGUUGACGGCGAAGACGGUAGAGCAAUACCACAAGGCAGGGGAGCUUCUCCUGUUACAGGGUGACCAUGACACAGACAUGCUGGACAGGGCUAAGGCGCUUGCCAGUGUUACAAAGGUUGUGUGUACAGAAGUUGGUAUACUCUCAUCCAAAUUCACAAAGUGUCUCAACAAAGCUGCUGAAGGCACAGAAGACAGUGAGUCGGUGAACACCUUUAUUACCAAUGUGUAUUUGGAGGCUUCUAAUAGCAGCACCUACAUUCAGGAUGCAUUUCAGCUGUUGUUACCUGUGGUGCAGGAAGCCACGAUAGAACAGACACAGGCUGAAUCCCUUCCUGUCACCUGAUCUGAUGACACAUCAAAUUAGACACUGUCAUCAUUUCAGCUGUUGUUAACUGUGGUGAAGGAAGCUACAAUAGAACAGACACAGGCUGAAUCCCUUCCUGUCACCUGGUCAGAUGACACAUCAAAUUGGACACUAUCAUCAUUUCAGCUGUUGUUAUAUGUGGUGAAGGAAACAACGAUAGAACAGAUCCAGGCUGAAUCCCUUCUUGUCACCUGGUCAGAUGACACGUCAAAUUAGACACUGUCAUCAUUUCAGCUGUUGUUAUAUGUGGUGAAGGAAGUUAGGAUAGAACAGACACAGGCUGAAUCCCUUCCUGUCACCUGGCCAGAUGACACAUCAAAUUAGACACUGUCAUCAUCUCCGUUGUUGUUACCUGUGGUGAAGGAAACUACGAUAGAACAGAUCCAGGCUGAAUCCCUUCCUGUCGCCUGGUCAGAUGACACAUCAAAUUAGACACUGUCAUCAUUUCAGCUGUUGUUACCUGUGGUGAAGGAAACUAUGAUAGAACAGACACGGGCUGAAUCCUUUCCUGUCACCUGGUCAGAUGACACAUCAAAUUAGACACUGUCAUCAUUUCAGCUAUUGCUACCUGUGGUGAAGGAAACUACGAUAGAACAGACACGGGCUGAAUCCUUUCCUGUCACAUCAAAUUAGACACUGUCAUCAUUUCAGCUAUUGCUACCUGUGGUGAAGGAAACUACGAUAGAACAAACCCAGGCUGAAUCCUUUCCUGUCACCAGGUCAGAUGACACAUCAAAUUGGACACUAUCAUCAUUUCAGCUGUUGUUAUAUGUGGUGAAGGAAGUUAGGAUAGAACAGAUACAGGCUGAAUCCCUUCCUGUCACCUGAUCAGAUGACAUACCAAAUUGGACUCUAUCAUCAUUUCAGCUGUUGUUAUAUGUGGUGAAGGAAGCUACAAUAGAAAAGACACAGGCUGAAUCCCCUCCUGUCAUCUGAUGACCCAUCGAAUUAAACAGUGUCAUGAUAUCCCUCUUUGAAAUUGAGACUUCAAAUUGUCUUUGGAUUUAUGAAAAACAUUUACCUAGUUUGUAUCUAAUUUACUAUUUUGCUGUUAGUUGAUAAUGUUUCUGGAUGUUGUCCACUUGUAUUUUGCGUGGAUUCAGGUCACUGUGAAAUCUCUCAACAUUUCAAACUCUUAGGAUAGAUGACCAGUGGAAUGUGGCAUGCACCGAUUGUGCAGUGUAAGACUUUUCAUCCAGUAUUCCAUUUAGGUCUGUGGUGUCCAUAUUGCUUUAGUGCUAUUUUUAUAGAAGAAAGAAGUUUGAUUUUGCCAUUUGAUUAGUGGGCACUACUGUUCUAACUGACAUCAUUUUGUAAUGGGUAAUGCUUCUUUCUUUAAUGACUGCGACAUCCCAUCAGGUGAUGCCUAACAGAAGUACAUACUUGUACAUGUAAGAGACCAUGAUGCUGCAUCACAGCUUAUAUCAACUGAUGUCACCAGCUGUAAGCAUCCUCAUGCGCGAUACCAUAAUCUGUUGGGUUAAAAAAUAUGCCAUAUGCUUAUUUGUAAUUUCUACAGUUUUGACUUUUGUGGCUGUGUAUGGAACAUUUGGAAGUCUUGUGGUGAUUUGAAUUGUGAAUUUUGAAAUUCCCUGGUCAUAGUGAAAUACAAGAUUACUAGUGUGUAUACAAUAGUUAUUGAAGUGGUUUAGUAAUGCUGAAAGCCUUCUACUAAAUGCUCAUUCAGAACCUUGAAAAUUAAGCUUGCUUUAUCGUUAUUCCAAGUUUGAAACACGAUAAAGGUUUUGUUUUGACUUGUGUAUGAAGUAUUUUGUUUCAUAUUUUAGUUUUUUUUUCUUCUGAUUUUGAGUGAGAUUUCAUAUUGUAAAACUUCAUAUUGUAAAACAGUGGAGUACAGUCUUAAAAGGUAUAGGGAUGUAUUUUCCAAAAAUUACACUCAUGUCGUUUUUUUAUUGACAUUUAUUCAGACCUGUGGAAGUGUUGUUGUCUCGGACUACAUAUAAGGCAUGUACUAUAUACGCGUGUUGACUCAUGAUGGAUAACAUGUGUCACUUGUAUACUUUUAUUCUAUCAAAUACAUGUUCUACAUUGUAUGCCCCAUUGCCCAUAAUACAUGCAUAUCUAAUAUUUACUUGUAAACAUAUGUUUAGUUGUAUUGUGGGAAAACACAGAUCAUUUCAUAUUCAGAACUUUACAGGGAAUAAUUUGUUCCGAGAACAGUGAGCAACAAAGAUAUGAUACAGGUAUUGCUGUUUUUCUAUGCUAUUUGCCUUUGUGUUCAGUUAUUUUAAAUUUGAUCUGGACUACGACAUCAGAAAAAUGCAUCAUACAAUGGUUAAAUUGAUUAGUUUCUGUAUUUUAUUUGCUUCAUGUAACAGUCAAGAGAAAGCCAAAUUUCUGUUAUUGCAGUAACUUGACAUCAUUUAUAAGUCCUGUAUUUUGCAAUACUGGAAGUGUACUGGCCAUUAAAGAUCACGAAGGAGCCAGCUUUAUUUAAACUAUCUGGGGGAGGGGGUCUAUUUCUUAAUACUCCGCCCUGCGAAUAAUCAUGCUUGUAAAUCACAAAGAUGCGAGAUGGCAUUAUAAUGUGAAUAGAUGUACAUACAUUAUAAAUAUAUUGUGAUAGAUGUACAUGUAGACUGUUGACAAGCAGGCUGUAAAUAAAUGCA